AUGGUUGAUCGUCUCAAGCAAUUGACCUUCCAGGUCAGCGCAACAGCGCCUCCUCCACACCCUUUGGAUCCUUUGAGCACAUCCGAAAUUGACACGACUGUGGCUCUAAUCCGAGAGAAAUAUGCGCCCAUCAACUUCAAUGUCGUGUCUCUCUACGAGCCUCGCAAAGCAGAGAUGCUAGCAUGGCUACAAAACCCAGAAAAAGCUCCACGUCCCGCUCGAUGCGCAGAUGUCGUCUGCAUUGCACCUCAGGGCAAAGUGUACGACGGCAUCGUUGAUCUCAACAAGAAAGAGAUUAUCUCCUGGAAGUAUACCCCCGGUGUUCAGCCGAUUAUUACCAUGGAAGAACUUCAAGCGGUCGAGCAUGUUGUUCGCAAGGAUCCGAAAGUGAUUGAACAGUGUGGAAUUUUGGGUAUUCCACCAGAGGAUAUGCAUAAAGUCUAUUGCGACCCAUGGACAAUUGGCUAUGAUGAACGUUUCGGAAGCAAUGUCCGUCUACAGCAGGCAUUGAUGUACUACCGUCCUCACGUCGAUGACUCUCAAUACGGUUAUCCACUAGACUUCUGUCCUAUUUAUAACGCCGAGACCAAGAGCAUCAUCCAUAUUGAUAUCCCACCUGUGCGUCGGCCGCUCAGCAAGGCCGCACCGAACAACUAUCAUGUCAAGUCAGUGGAAGAAGCUGGUGGCUACCGCACGGACAUCAAACCAAUCCAUAUCACUCAACCUGAAGGCGUUUCAUUCAAGAUUGAAGGGCGAGUGAUUGACUGGCAAAAAUGGAAUAUCCACGUUGGCUUCAACUAUCGGGAAGGUAUUGUCUUGAACAAUAUUACCUUCAAUGACAAGGGCACCAUUCGUCCUAUCAUGUACCGUCUAUCACUAGCAGAGAUGGUAGUGCCAUACGGUAAUCCCGAACAUCCUCAUCAGCGCAAACACGCUUUCGAUUUGGGCGAGUACGGUGGUGGCUAUAUGACCAACAGUCUGUCACUGGGUUGUGAUUGCAAGGGUGCUAUCCACUACAUGGACGCUGCAUUCGUGAACAGAGCAGGUGCAAGCACAGUAAUCAAGAACGCUAUUUGCAUCCACGAGGAAGACGCAGGUAUUCUAUUCAAGCAUACCGAUUUCCGUGAUGAUUCCACCAUUGUCACUCGUGGCCGAAAGCUUAUUAUCUCGCACAUUUUCACUGCUGCCAACUACGAAUACUGCGUGUACUGGAUCUUCCACCAAGAUGGCACAAUCCAGUUGGAUAUUAAGCUUACUGGAAUUCUCAACACAUACUCCAUCAACCCCGGUGAAGACACCCUCGGCUGGGGAACAGAAGUUUACCCCGGAGUCAACGCUCAUAACCACCAACAUCUCUUCUGUCUGCGUGUUGACCCGCAGAUCGAUGGUCAGGACAACACUGUCUUCCAAGUGGACGCCGUCCAGGGACCAGGAGAACCUGGUAGUGUCGAGAACAAGUAUGGCAAUGCCUUCUACGCAAAGAAGACCAAAUUCACUACCCCCAAGGAGGCCAUGUCAGAUUACAACGGAGCGACCAGCCGAACGUGGGAGAUUGCAAACACCAACAAAUUGAACCCACAUAGCAAGAAGCCAGUGAGUUAUAAAUUGGUUAGUCGUGAGGUUCCACCUCUACUUCCCAAGGCUGGUGGAUUGGUAUGGAAACGUGCUGGUUUUGCUCGACACGCAGUCCACGUUACAAAGUACGAGGAUGACCAAGUCCACCCGGCCGGCCGCCAUGUUCCUCAAACCUCAGGCGAGCCCUCCAUGGGCUUACCCAUGUGGAUCGAACAAGCCGGCGACAACUGUUCCAUCGACAACACCGAUAUCGUUCUCUGGCACACAUUCGGUAUUACACAUUUCCCAUCACCAGAGGAUUUCCCCGUCAUGCCUGCCGAGCCAAUGACUUUGCUACUCCGACCAAGGAACUUUUUUGAUCGUAAUCCUGUCCUUGAUGUUCCGCCUAGUUAUGCUCGUGCGCCUUCACAGGUCGCUGCUGGUGCGUCUGGCUGUGGAUGUAAUUCUAAGCCUAAGGGUGAUGGAAGCAGUGUUUUGGUUUGAUGUUGACUUUCUCUGCUGAAUUGAUUUGGUUGUUUUGUUUUGUAUAUGUACAUAAAUUUUUUCUCAUUUUAAUUUUGACUUGAAUUCCCAGCGUUUGAAUCACAUGGACUUUAUCUUGAUCAAUCUAUUUAUCCAACUUCUACUGAGUAGCUACCAGCACAACGCAUCCUGACUACCAUUCAUUAAGGUUCUCCAAUACCCACUUCAGCUCCUGCACAAUCAACUCCGGCUUAGUCGAGUGAAUGUUAUGUCCACUCUUCUCAGUACAAACCCACUUCGAUUUACUUGACAACCCUAACAAUCCCCUCUGCCACUUCUCAUCCAAUGUAUCAUACGUCUCAAUCAUCUUC